AUGACCAAUGUGCCUUCAAUUGCGAUGGACAAGACUGAUAUUAGUGUAAAGCUGUCGCAAGAGUUGGUAAAAGAUCAAAAUUCACGCACCAUGCAACAAGUAGCUGUGCAACAAGACAAUGUAAAAAACGAAAGAGAUACGCAAUCUUCACGAGAGAACGGCUCCACGAAACCUGUCCUUAAAGCUAGUAGUGAUGGCGGCUCCCGCGACUCGCAAGAUUUAACCGAUACUGAUUUGCAGUCGGGAGAUUCGCGACAAUCGAAGUUGGCCAAAGAAGAAGCUAAAAGAAAUCGAGAGCAGCAGAAAGAGGAGCAGAGACUACAGAAGGAGCUCAAAAAAGAGCAGGAGCGCCGUGAGCGGGAUCUUAAACGCGAACAUGAAAAACAAGAGAAAGAGCUUAAAAGACAAGAAGAAAAGAAGCGUAAAGAGGAUGAGAAGAAAGUGCGAGAACGCAAGAAAGAGGAAGACAAACGGAACCGGGAAUUGAAACGCGAGCAUGAAAAGAUUGAAAGAGAACAACGGAAGGAAGAGGAGAGGCAGCGUAAGAAACUUGAAGAGAAAAUAAAGCGCGAAGAUGAGAAAAAACAAAAAGAGGAAAUCGCAGACCGAAGCCAAACCAAGAUUGGCACUUUCUUCAAGAAGUCCAACUCUAUGAAAAAUGUCGUUUCAACAAAGACUGAUUUCGAGAAAAGCUUCUUGCCUUUUUAUGUGAAGGACGGUACAGUAAUGGGUGAGAGCUUCUCUCGGAGCCCUGAACAGCUGCAAAUUACGAAAAAGGCGAUCGAUGUGCAACUAACGCUGAAAAGUACUCCCGAGGAAAGCUUACACUGGCUUCGAUCUCAGCAAGUUAGAAGAGGCUAUCCCGUUACGAAAACCGCUGUGGAGCUUGUUCAACUAAUGACGAGCAAAAACAAGACCAAUGAAGAAUUAGAAGAGCGCCUGCGACAGAUUCCGGUGAAGUAUAUCAAAUUUUAUGAGAAUGUCAGGCCUCCUUAUGUUGGAACUUAUUCUCAAUGUAUAGAGUUACCGCGCAACAACCCAUUUGCGACGGAAGGAACCGGCUUCGAUUACGAGUACGAUUCUGAUUGGGAUUGGGUUAAUGAAGAAGAGGGAGAAGGUGGCGACGUUGAAGACCUAGAAGACGGUGAUGAAGAUGACGAAGAUGAUGACGCGGAAGAUGGCACUGAUGACGAGUUCGAAGGUUUUUUGGACCGUGAAGAUUCGCACGGUCCGCGCGAUGGUAAAAAGUUUCUGGGCCCAUUAAUUCCUCUAGUCAGGCUGCGAUCGGAUCUUGAGAAGAUGGACGAUGAUGACAGGCAGUACUUCCAGAUGGUAAGUGUAGAACUUCUUAUACCAGAGUCACAUGAUCCGUAUCUGAUUGAUUCAGGCCGCGGAUCUAACACAAACGGUGGGAAUAAGAGAAAAGCUUCAGAGCUCAUAGCAACGAGCACUGGAGGUUCCGGCAGUGUUCAAAGUACCGACAAUGGUCAGAAUCCUUCUCAGGUAUCGCCAUUGCAUUCGAAAAAAUCCAAGUCCCUCAUAUCAGAUUCUAGUUCCCUCCUCAAAAUUUUCGCAGAGGUCCAUGAGAGUACUUUCUCACUGGGAACCAUAACUGAGAUCCUCCAAAAACAACUUUCAGCCCAUUCGAAAGCCGCCAUACGAGACACUAUCAAAGAACACACCACACGGCCCAUGGCAAAGGCUGGAAAAUCUCGUAUGUGGCUCGUUAAAGAUCUAAACCUCUGGGAGUCUCUUAAGCGGGCUUAA